AAUCACCGCCCUUUAUCCGCUCGGAGGCAAGAUAGCAAUCUGACCGGCGAUGUCUCAUGAGUCAAGUGAUACUGCUGUCAACUGCUUGGUAAUACCCAAAACGCUCUGAUGCCAAACCACAAAUAAGUUCAAAUAUCAGCGACUAAUUCGUUCUCACCCAUGUGGCUUUCAAAUCGUGUGGAUUUUUUUGGUUCCUCGACUUGAUUAACAUUCGGAUGUGGAGGAAACCGAGCAGAGGGAGGAAAAGGAACCGUCACGGAAGCUGCCUGAAGUGGAGGACGAAGCCUUUGGAACGGGAGUGACUUCACCACACAUCAACAACAAGACGACGAUCAGCAUCGAGGGGAUAAUAACCUUUCCGCAUCUUCCCAUCACAUCUUCCCGUCGUCUAGAAACAAUUAGAAGAACAAUUAAUCGUCUUGACGACAAUAACAAAGGUAUCAUCUGAAGACUGGAAGGGAAACACAGCAGACAUCCAGGAUGAACCACCUAUCCUUUAGCGAGUUUUGUUGCCUCUUCUGCUGCCCGCCGUGUCCCAGCAAGAUCACGGCCAAGCUGGCCUUCCUGCCCCCAGAGCCCACCUACAGUAUGAUGUGCGACGAGAGCGGCAGCCGGUGGACGUUGCAUCUGUCUGAACGCGCCGACUGGCAGUACUCGGCCCGCGAGAAGGAAGCCAUCGAGUGCUUCAUGACGCGCACUUCCCGGGGCAACCGGAUCGCGUGCAUGUUCGUCCGCUGUUCGCCCAGCGCCCGCUACACGCUCUUAUUCUCCCACGGAAAUGCGGUGGACUUGGGCCAGAUGAGCAGCUUCUACAUCGGUCUGGGUUCCCGGAUCAACUGCAACGUGUUCUCCUACGAUUACUCCGGCUACGGCGCCAGUUCCGGGAAACCGUCAGAGAAGAACUUGUAUGCUGACGUAGACGCCGCCUGGCAUGCACUCCGCUCACGGUACGGCAUCCGUCCAGAAAACGUCAUUGUGUACGGCCAGAGCAUUGGCACCGUGCCUUCUGUGGACCUCGCCUCUCGCUACGAGAGUGCCGCAGUGAUCCUGCACUCCCCGCUUACCUCCGGCAUGAGAGUGGCCUUCCCCGACACCAAGAAAACGUACUGCUUUGACGCCUUUCCCAAUAUUGACAAGAUCUCAAAGGUGACCUCCCCGGUCUUGGUGAUCCACGGCACGGACGACGAGGUCAUCGACUUUUCCCACGGCCUGGCGCUCUACGAGCGCUGCCAGCGCCCCGUCGAGCCGCUGUGGGUGGAAGGGGCGGGGCACAACGACGUGGAACUCUACGGACAGUACCUGGAGAGACUCAAGCAGUUUGUUGCACACGAGCUGGUCAACUUGUAGAAGAAGAAACGGAGAACACAUCGGUGGCUGGUUUUGUUCUGUUGUGAUUAUCAUGGCUGUUUUUUUUUUUCGCCUCAGUGGAAGUGUUGGUGGUAGAAUGAUUGGUGCUCGGAGCUCCUGUUCAGUCCCGUCCACUCCACCGCAACUGUGAACCUUGAACAAUAUACAAACUAAAACCCUAUUCAUUUUUUUUUUCUUCAUGUUGCAUAAUUGCACAUUGCCACAGUAUGCUCAUGCAAGAGAGAGCAGACUGUGUGGAAAAAAAGUCCGCGGACAAGUGUGCACGUGACAUUUUUGUUGCCUUUUACAAAGAACGCAGUCCUCGACCUCAGACCAGGCCAGAAGGAUGCUGACCUUCUCACUUACAGCCUUGAUCCAAACUGGACUGCACUCUCCCAUCCAACUGAUAUUCACUUAUUAUUUUGUAUUCUUAUUAUUGCAGUACGUUUGUGUAUAUUUGCACAUAUCAACUGUCACUGAAGAACUGCGCGGUACAAACUGCUGUGCCAUUGAGUGUUGCCAAAUAUUUAGUAGAAUAUAUUGCAAAGAUCUCACACUUGAUUGCAUCACCUCCUCUAAUCUUUGUUUUUUUUGUUAAAGUUUAUCAUGCAAUGUUGUGUUACGCUCAGAUUAGCAUCACUAAGCAGAAGUAGAAGAAGUCUGCCGGCCGGGUCUAACAGUCUCUUCUAGAUUUGAGGAUGUUAAAGAGUCCAUAUCCAGAGCUCAUAUUAAAGAUUAUAUAAAUGAUAGAAAAUAUUUACUUUUUUUUUUUUCCAUAUGUUGGAAUUGUAUACCACUAAUGCCCAUCUAGGCCGAGAAUGGUGCCUGCAUUCUAUUUAUAUUCAAACAUUGAAAAUGAACAGCUUUUUUUUCCCCUUAGUAUAUCUAAGCAGAGAUUGAAUGAACACUACACCUACUAACUCACCAAGCAUGUCUUUGAACAAUAACUUAUGUCAUAGCUCAGUGUUCCAGGUCUCGUUUGUUAUUUCCUUUCACGCUCUUGCCUGCUUGCCAUUUCUGCUUCCAUUGUUGAUGGUUUACUUGCCCUUUUAUCGCUGAGCAAGGCCAAACAAGAUAUUUCAAUGCACUAAUGACUCUAUUUACUAUCAGAGCUGAGAUAAGCAAAUGUCAACGUUCAUGAAUGCCAUUCUUUUGUUGAUGUUUUUGGCUCACCAGCCUGAGUUUAUGUCGGACGCUGGGCCACGUUGAAGACAUGGGUGCUAGUGAAACACAUCACAUCGACUGAUUCAUCAGGAUUCAGCAUCUGUCGGGUCCUGACUACCUGUUUGGGUUCUUCUUUAAUUUUGUGCGCUUUGUAAAUAGGACAUUAUAUGAUGCUUGUACUUUUUGUUUCCAGUUGCCAUCGUCUCUGUUAAAUGACAUUUAUACUUCAUGUGACGUCUGCCCGAUCAAGUUACAGGCUUCAUUUUUUACUGCACAGCUGGACUAUUGGCAUCUUUAAUUCUGUUUUUUCUACUGCAUAUUUCGAUACAAAUGGAACUCAAACUGUAAUAACGAUUAAAUUUAGUAACCAACGUGGAUGACAAAAAUAAAAUGGUCAUUUAGAAGAA